GUGCAUCGUAAUUGCGUCAAUGUUCCUGAGUAGUCGAUGGUAGUCGAUGAAAAUGGCCAGCCGAGCCUCGCCUGUCGUUCGCCAAGUGAAACCAAUCCUGUCUGUUAAUCGGGAGGAUGCGCGCCGAAAAGUGCUCACGUUGUAUAAAGCGUGGAUCCGUCAAGUACCAACUUCACUGUUAAGUUACGAUAUUCCAAAAAAUGAAGCAGAAUGUAAGAAGAAAAUACGCGAGGAGUUCAGGCGCCAUACUCAUCUCACUGAUUUAAGGAUUAUAGAUAAAGUUAUUAUAAAGGGUCAAAUGGAGUUGCAAGAGGUAGCUAAUGUAUGGAAACCUAAAGGCGGUGUUAUGCAUUACUGGAGAGAAACGUGGGAAAAGAAGCCGACUGAUUUUAUGUCAAAGUUUCUCAGGGGUCAGGAUUAAUUUACGUUAGUCCACGGCAUGUAUCAUAGAGACAUGUAACUGUCAUAAUUUAUGUAUAUAUAACGUGUAAUUACAAGAUUUUAAUUAAGAUAGAUGGUUAUUCUGUGUGGUAAGUGUAUCCGUCUGCGAAAUAAAAGUGAACCAAUGAACCAA